GUCGGGUCCCGCGGGCAGCCGUGCCCGCCGCCGCUGCCUCGCCCGCCGCCCGGGGAGCCGGGGCACGCCGCAGGCGCCGCGCGGCGAUGCGGGGCCGCGGCGGCGCCGAGCCCUGACCAAAGAUGGCCGCGCUGCCCGGGGGGAACAUGGCGGGGGGCGGCCGGGGGGCGCGGGCGUUGCUGCCGCCGUUGCUGCCGCCGUUGCUGCCGCCGCUGCCGCUGCUGUUGCUGCUGCUACUACUCGCGGGGGGGCCCGGCCGGCCGCCCCCGGCCGCCGCCGCCACGCCGCCCGCCGCCUCGGCGGAGGAGACGGUGAUCAUCGGCCUGCGGCUGGAGGACACGGACGAUGUCUCCUUCAUGGAGGGGGGCGCGCUGCGCGUGAGCGAGCGCACGCGGGUGAAGCUGCGGGUGUACGGGCAGAACAUCAACAACGAGACAUGGUCGCGCAUCGCCUUCACGGAGCACGAGCGGCAGCGGGGCGGGCGGGCGGCGGCGGCGGCAGCGGCGGGGGGGCGCGGCGGGGCCGGGCCGGGCGGCGGAGGCGCCCCGCAGCGCUGCGGCAUCCGCACCUCGGACAUCAUCAUCCUGCCGCACAUCGUGCUGAACCGCCGCACCUCGGGCAUCAUCGAGAUCGAGAUCAAGCCCCUGCGCAAGACAGAGAAGAGCAAGUCCUACUACCUGUGCACCUCGGUCUCAGCCCCCGCCGCCGCCGCCCUGGGGCCCGGGGCCGCCCCGGGGCUGGCGGGGGGUGAGGGGCCGGCCGGGCACCCGCCAUGGGGAGAGACCACCUGGAUCUACCACGACGGCGAGGACACCAAGAUGAUCGUGGGCGAGGAGAAGAAGUUUCUGCUGCCCUUCUGGCUGCAGGUCAUCUUCAUCUCGCUGCUUCUCUGCCUCUCGGGCAUGUUCAGCGGCCUCAACCUGGGCCUCAUGGCGCUGGACCCCAUGGAGCUGCGCAUCGUGCAGAACUGUGGCACGGACAAAGAGAAGAACUAUGCCAAGCGCAUCGAGCCCGUGCGCCGCCAGGGCAACUACCUGCUCUGCUCCCUCCUGCUCGGCAACGUCCUGGUCAAUACCACACUUACCAUUCUGCUGGACGACAUCGCUGGCUCUGGGCUGGUGGCCGUGGUGGUCUCCACCAUCGGUAUCGUCAUCUUCGGCGAGAUCGUGCCGCAGGCUAUUUGCUCUCGGCACGGCCUGGCCGUGGGCGCCAACACCAUCUUCCUCACCAAGUUUUUUAUGAUGAUGACCUUCCCGGCCUCCUACCCCGUCAGCAAGUUGCUGGACUGUGUCCUGGGCCAGGAGAUCGGCACGGUCUAUAACCGUGAGAAGUUGUUGGAGAUGCUGCGAGUCACCGACCCUUAUAAUGACCUAGUCAAGGAGGAGCUCAACAUUAUCCAAGGAGCCCUAGAGCUGCGCACCAAGACGGUGGAGGACGUUAUGACUCCUCUCCGAGACUGCUUCAUGAUUGCUGCUGAGGCUGUGCUCGACUUCAACACUAUGUCUGAGAUCAUGGAGAGUGGUUAUACCCGCAUCCCUGUUUUCGAGGGCGAUCGCUCCAACAUUGUGGACCUGCUCUUUGUUAAGGACCUAGCUUUUGUGGACCCCGAUGACUGCACUCCACUCAAGACCAUCACCCGCUUCUACAACCACCCGCUGCACUUUGUCUUCAACGACACCAAGCUCGAUGCCAUGCUGGAGGAGUUCAAGAAAGGCAAGUCUCACCUGGCUAUAGUACAAAGAGUAAACAAUGAAGGAGAAGGGGAUCCUUUUUAUGAAGUCCUGGGAAUUGUCACUUUAGAAGAUGUGAUUGAAGAGAUCAUCAAGUCUGAAAUUCUGGAUGAAACAGAUCUGUACACUGAUAACAAGACGAAAAAGAAGGUAGCUCAUCGGGACAGGAAGCAGGACUUCUCUGCCUUCAAGCAGACAGACAGCGAGAUGAAGGUUAAAAUAUCACCGCAGCUCCUCCUGGCAAUGCACCGGUUCCUGGCAACAGAAGUAGAAGCCUUUGGUCCAUCCCAGAUGUCAGAGAAGAUCCUUCUCAGGCUGCUAAAACAUCCCAACGUCAUCCAGGAGCUGAAAUACGAUGAGAAGAACAAGAAAGCCCCAGAACACUACCUCUACCAGCGAAACAAGCCUGUCGACUACUUUGUUCUCAUUUUGCAGGGGAAAGUGGAAGUGGAGGCUGGGAAAGAGGGGAUGAAGUUUGAAGCUGGUGCUUUUUCCUACUAUGGGGUGAUGGCCCUCACAGCAUCGCCAGUUCCCUUGUCCCUGUCUCGUACCUUUGUUGUCAGCAGAACAGAGUUGUUAGCAGCAGGUUCUCCAGCUGAAAACAAGUCUCCGCCUCGGCCCUGUGGCUUGAAUCACUCAGACUCUUUAAACCGAAGUGAUCGCAUCGAUGCAGUGACACCAACGUUAGGGAGCAGCAACAACCAGCUGAAUGCGUCUUUCCUCCAAGUGUAUGUUCCGGAUUACUCAGUGAAAGCACUCACAGACAUUCAGUUUGUCAAGAUAUCAAGACAGCAGUACCAAAAUGCCCUGAUGGCAUCCCGGAUGGACAAAACACCUCAGUCCUCGGACAGUGAAAACACUAAAAUCGAACUGACUCUUACGGAGUUGCAUGAUGGUUUGCCGGACGAGACAGCAAACCUGCUGAAUGAACAGAACUGUGUGACUCACAACAAGCCCAAUCACAGUAUGCACAGUGAAGGAGCCAUCUAGGAGCUGACUCCCCACAACCCACCCAUCCCAUCUCCUCAGCAGGACCAGCCCUCGCUCCUUCCUGCCUCCUCCCCGAGUGUGAACACUGUUAGUAUGUGCUUGCGACACUGUGCUGCAUCCAGUGUUCUGAGACCAAAGACUUUUGCGUCCGUUUCGGGAGCAGAAGAGGAAGAAACAGGAAGAAAGGAGCAAAGAGCAAGACAGAGAGACUAAAGCCCCAAGCGUACUUUGGGAAUGGUGAGCCACCCUUGAGAACGAUGAAAAUAUUUCUUGCAAAGUAGAAUCAUGUUUAUUUUUUAUCUGUAUUUUUGAUCCUUGUUGGGUUUUUCCUCCUCAGACACAUAUGGAGAAGUUUAAAAGUUACUCCAGUUAUUUUUUCAAGAGAGGUCAUGUUUUUAAAAAGUAUUUUGCAGAGUUUUAAAUUGUUUCUGUCCCUCCCCAACUUCAAAUGGGCUCUGUCGUGGUUUUAAGAAUUGGCUCCAAUGUUCUUAGGCCUCUUUUCAACCUCUCUCUGGUCCUUUUUGUUGCCCUAUUGAAGAAGUUAGUAACUGGUACUUGUAUGUAUUUGUGUCCUAAGAAUGACCAAGCUUCAAGGAACCUCCAUUUUCAGCCACCGGGAGGGUCAAGGGAUGAGGAUUAUUACAUUCUCCCAGUUAGGUUUCAGGGAAGGAGUGAUUACUUUGCUAUUUAAUGAUCUCUCAGAUUUCAGAAGGUUUCUUUAUAAAACAGGCAGAAGCAUUGUUACAUUUACAAUUUUGUAACCUCCGCAAACUUUGUGUAUGUUGAAGAUGAUACUGGGUGGAAGGAGUUAAUUCACCAAACUGCAGUCUCAUGAAAUGAAAACUGGGCUUAAUUUUCUGUAGUGAAUUAACGGGUGGUUUUUUUGUUUAUAUUCCUGGCAAUUGUGUGGUGAAGUAAUAUGUGCACCCUAAAAUUACAAGAUUGAAGCACUGGUGUGCUGUAGCGGUCUGCGCACCGUUACCUUGGCCAGGAAAGACAUGUGGUCUUCACUAAAUAACAGAGAGCAUCAGUCCCCGUCCCUCCUUCGGUCUCUAGUAUUAACACGAAAGAUGCUGCUACAGUUAUGCCCAAAGUACAUUCUCCCGGUGACAGUAAACCUCUGCUAGUGCAAGGAUGGGCUCUGCUGAGGAGUCAGGACCAUCCUGUCCGUUCCAAGGUCUGACAAAACUUUCCGGACACAAGUGUAUUGCACUUCAGGGAUUCAGAGAGGUUUGCUUCCAGGUUGUUCCCAGCCACAUUCUUUCCUUUGAGUGGAUUCAGAGCAUUUCCUUCUCUCUUGCUCCUCUUAACAGCCAUUUUAGGGAUUACAAUGGGAGCAGAGCAGAGCGCCUCCCACCCAGUUGCUGCUAAUGCAGGACACCAUGCGCUGGGCAGCAGAAACCAGUUCCCCCACCCUAAAAACUUGGGUGUGAGCGAGAGGCACCCCGUGGCAGUUGUGCAUCACACAUUCCCACUCCCACAGAUGGAGUCUAAGUCCUCAAAUAAGAAAAAUUCCCCACACACCCCGAUCCUCUCCCAUUCCAGUGCUGUCUCAAACAAAAUGUGAACAUUGCCCUCGGUAUCUGGAGAGAUUAAUAAAUCAGGCAUUGUGGUUUCUCUGUUUUGAGACCCUUCCAUGGCCCCAGGCUAUGUAGCAUUUCCCUUCUUUUCUUUACACCUGGCUGAUCUCAUCUGGCCCUCAAAGAAGCCCCCAGCCCCAAAUGCAACUGCCAGAGCUCUCUGUGCCUGCACGCCCGCCCCAUCUUUCCUGCUUGCGGGCUGGGGAAGGCACUUGCCCCAAGUUCUUGUGGUCUGUCUUUGUGAAUUGUGGCUGGAAAGGUGCAAUAUUUUGCUGCAGGGAUCUCCACGUGGGAACUUGGAGUGUGCGGCAUCAGAGUGAUUGGGUCUGUGUGUGUCUAUCCUCCUGUCUCUUCUGGUAUCAGAAAGCAGCACUAAUUUUUGCUGUCCUCCCCAAUGGGAAAGGUUUCAUUUCUCCCUUGGAGCCACCUGUAAGGAUGAAGUCCCCACAAGAGGGCAUAGAAAUUGCAUGGUAUCUAACUUAUGCUCCCAGUGAGGAGGAACCGGGAACCUCACAACCUUAUUCUCACAUUUAGCUUUUUAUUAACUAGUUUUGAGUCUCAUCUAAAAGUGUUUCCUUACUCUGCAUCCUCGCUCUGAUGCGCGCCAGCCCACCACUGCCAGGAGCACAUGGCUCAGCAGCAGCGUGGGCUGACUGAAGCCCUGCUCGUUCCCGGAGAGCUGCUGGUAUUGCACUUUUCUCACAAAGCAAAAUGUUGAGAUGUUACAGCAUUUGUCUUUGGCGAGUGACUCACCUCGCCAGUUUUUAUCUAGCGUUGCUGAAUGUAAAAGUUUGUCAGAAGCGUUUGACACAGUGGUGAACUCGAGAUGCAGUAUCCAUUUUGUCAAACCUGCCGAAGGAGAGAAGGCUCAAGUCAAGGCGGCUCUCUCUCUGGGAUGAGGUUGCCUGCUGGAUCUGACUUCUGCUUCUUAUGGCAGGUUAUAGGUUUGUUUCAGUGUCUUGUUUCCCUUUAAAAAAAAAAAAAAAAAAAAAAGGCAAAAAAAAGCACCAGUUUUUCCAACCAAAGCCAUGUGAUCCCAAAGCGAAUACCUCCUGCUUCUGCCCAUGCUGCACUGUUCCAAAAUUUGCAGGCGAUUUUUUGCAUGACUAUUUUUCAUCAUUUGUACAGAUCCAGUAAUGGAAAGUGAAAUAAUUUCCAUAAAAAUAGUUGAUUAUAGAUGUGUUUCAUAUGGAAAAUAUGUACCUGACCCAGAGGGGUUAGGAGCUGCUACUGCUAAUUAGCUUGAAGAGCAAAGCAUGGUCCUCUCCCCAGAGGGGAAAGAAAUCCAGUUUCCCUGUUCUCAGGGUAUUUACAGUUUUACUGUUUAACAAAUGCAAGGGGUUCCCUGCCCUCGUGGCGGGAACCGUCACAAGCAGAGGAGCCCAGUGCCCAGCUCAGGAUCGCUUCUGAGCCUCCAGACGGCAUCUGCCAGCGCUGGGGCUUGGCUGUCCCGGCCGCGAUGGAGAUGCCAUUGCAUCUGAGUCUGUGCCCUUGCAGGGGCUGUUGUGCCAGAGCAGGGCUGCUUUUGCUGCCUCACUGGCUGCCUUUUACAUGGGCUCAGAUGCCGUGCAGCAGAGUGCUGUAAGGAUGCGUGGCAGGGCUGCCACUGCACAGGGCACCAGCUGGUGGCUUUGGAAUUGUUGGACUUGACCUUGGACCUUGGCAAGGCUUUGACUCAUAGAAAGGAUACUGCAUCUUCCUAUGUCAACUCCUACUGCCGCAUUCGUGCCCCUGAUCCGUCCGCCUCUGGGGCAGGCGGACGAUGGCUGGUUGGCCGGGGGAGGCUGGGAGGGCAUCUAGCCAUGGUUUCUACUGUCAAUACAAUUUUGCACAAGAGUUCUUUGAAGUGAGGUUUUCAACACUAAUAUCUUAAAUGCACAACUGUGAAUUAUAACUUUUACACUCCGGUUGGUUGAAUUUCCUUUAAACGAAAUGAACCUGAAUCUGUUGUAACUAUGAUUUAUUUUUUUUUUUUAAUUCUGUGUAUUGCCAAAUCUUUGUAAAGCGUGAAGGAAUGUUCUUGCUUUCCAAUGAGAAUCUUUCUCCAAACGAGACUGACUCUGGUGACAUGGAGAUCAUAUGAAGCACGCUAGCUCUGAGUGGAGAGGGGCUGAGGCCUUAGCAAACCAACCCCGGCCUCUCUGUAGACCCCAAGCUCAGACCCUCCAGAGUUUACUAAGUGUUUGUUGUUUUAUUCCCAGCUUGUCCUCUCCCUGAAAUCCCUGUGCAGCUGCAGGCUGCUUCCCCAGAGGAGCUCAGGACAGGGUAUCCUGCAGAGGGAUGAUGCUGGCAACGUGUCUGGGGCCCAGGGGCUGGCGUGGCUGGACAAGGUGCUUCACCCAUCAAGCUGCACAGCAGAGAGCUCCACAGGGCAGGUCCUUCCACCAUUCUCUGCUUCUGCUCCAAACCUAUAGUCGUGUGUAGUUCCCUCUCACACUCUUUUUGACCCUGCACACACUCCUGCUCCAGACUGAGCAGGGAUGAUGCCAAGAAUGGUGUGGGACAGCUGGAGGUAGAGCUGGCUGCUCAGGGCUUGCAGGUCUUCGGCCCCAUUGGAAGAGGGGUCGGUUAGUCAUUCACAUUGUACUUACUGUUCUGUUCCUCCUCUCUUCCCCUGGACUUAAAUCCCUUUUCCUCACCACAGGGUUACUUUUCUUUGAUUUUUUUUCUUCUUUUCUUUAAGUGCCUUUUUGUGUGGGUGGAGCUGGCAAGAGUAGGAGUCUCAGGGUAUGCCUCUUUGCGCUCACCUCAGACCUGGAGAAAGCUCAGAGGGAGCAGGGUGAGUUGCCUGUGAUGGUCCAUGGACAUCACCUAUUGCUGCUUCUCAGCCUUCAGGGCCCAGCUUGGAUGAGGAUGACAUUUUGGCAGUGGUGGUGUCAAGCUCUGGCUCAAAUCAGUUCAAAGAAAACCAAAGAGGUUGUGUUGUGCAAGGGGCUCCUUGGGCAGCGGUCGUGCUUCCUGUGAUCUCUGCAGAGCUCAGCCGAGGGGCCUAGGGGUGUGGAUGGCACAGAGCAGCGCUGUCUCCUCACAAGCAUCCUGUGUAAGUAUCCUACGUGGUGAACACAACCGUGUUCUCCAGGACCCUUUGGGAAAUGCAUCUUCCUUGUGCUGAAAUAGACUGUCUCUAGAAAUCAUUCCCACAUGAAAGAUGUACCAUGUUUUAUAUGAUACCUAAUACACACAUCUGUAGUUUUAAAACUAGUACCUGUGUACCAGUUGUCAAGUUAUCCAGUGUCUGGAUUACCAGUAGAAAACUGGGGCCGGGGGUGGUGGGGGAGGGUGCUGCAGAGAGUACUUCUUGUUGUGCUGCUAACGAGGCUUUGUCCCAAAGGUGUCUGACCAGCGCUGGGGGGGUUCCUGCGUUUGUACUGUGUGCUGCCAUGUGUGAAGCUGGCACAGAGCAGAAAACCAGCAUGUGCUGAAAGGCUCGGUGCGAUACAGAGCCGGGCUUGCUGCUUGCCCCACUGCCUGGCUCUGCGCUGGGGCUCUAAAUAGACCCGAAGAAGUAUCUUGGAUACUGAAAGUUGUUUGGCCCAACAGUAAUGAUGAGCUUAACUAACGUGACCAAAACCUGGGCACCUUUUCAUGGCACGGAGCGGAGAGCAGCCUUCGUCCUGACUUGACCAGCUGAGAGGACAAGCUCUAUGCUACAAGCAGGGCUGAGAAGCCACCUUCAUCCCUGUUCCCUUGUUACACUUGGUCCAUUGGUUGCAGGUCUCUUGUUGGUGCAAUCUCUGGCGGUACUGGCUUCACUGUCAUGUGUCAGAAGCACAGGGCGUCUCGGAGAUGUCCAUGGCUUCCCAGAGAGCUCCCCAAACUGCCCUGCUCAGUGUCUUACUCCUGUCCCAGAGCCUGGCUUCAUGCUGGGUCGUGUUCCCCCAUGGUGAGUUUCAUGGCCAUGUCCGAGGCUUUGUUCAGGCAAGGGGACGCUGUUGCUGCGGGGCCAAGGCGGUACGGUUGCGCUUUUUGGUCUGGUCAUCUGUAUUUACUGUUCCAUUAGAAGCUGGAUGCUGAACCAGUGGAGGCCAGCACAUUUCCUAGGAGAAAGCCUGGGAUGCCAGCUUAUCCCAGCACCCUUCCCUGAGCUGCAGGGACAUGAAGAGGAGGUGCUGGAAAGCUGCCUCCAGCCUGUGGCACGGUACAGGUGGCAAAGUGAGGGCUUUCACAAGUCAGUAGUGCUGAACUCAAUCAAAGUGACAUCUCGUUAUCCUGAGGUCAGGCUCUAUAGUGGUUUUGCCCCUUAGAAAUGCGGUACUCAAAGGUGCUGGUUGUCUCUCUCCAGCUGAAAAAUGUUUUUCUGCCCUCUCCUGAGGUUCCAGAGGCACUGUGUUCUUCUGAGCAGGGCCAAUCACUGGGAUCCCACAGGCAACAGUACCCUUGGCUGCUCUUGCCCCUGCUGCGCAGAUUUCAGGCUAAUGAAGUGCUUGGUGCUUAAGCUUCCCCUGAGCAGGAGAGGUUUGGCUGUUCUCAACAGCAGCUGCCUGUCAUAGAGCCUGGCUUGUGGUUUGUUUUCUGUUGUGAGCCAAACAAGCAUCUGAAAAGUGCAGAGGCUGUGGGUGGCUCUGAAGCUCCGGAGGUGAAUUUGAUGUCUCCGUUGUCUUCUCCUCCUGGCAGCAGUGCAGCAUUUGGUUGGUAGCAGGGCUUGUUGGGGAGGAAGGGUUUGUCCCAGCAUUUAGAGCUUGAUGGAGCAGUCCAGCAUCCCAUUUCAGUUGUUUGGAUACUACAGAGCUUUGUUAAAAGGAGGGGUGUUUUACCCUCUGGGCAUCACUGUUUUCCAAACCCAAGAGAGUAGGUGUCGGAUGAGUAGCCUGGAUCAUAGGCCUUUAAUUGGAAGUGCCAAUAUUGAAUUCAUGUCUUCUGGAUUUGCCCAAAGAUGGAUGUGGGAGAGUGGAGGGAACUCCUGGUGAGCUUCUCUGUUCACAAAGUGUCAGGCUGGCUGAGCCUAGAUCAGAUCUACUGUCAUUCCUGCUUUCAAGUCUCAGGUCCCAGCAGGCUGGGCUGGCCUGGGCUGGUUUGGCCAGUGAGUUUUUACCCAGAGUAUGUGCUCUGUCCUUCUGUGUCAUGCUGGUUUAGAUUGAGCAGUGUAGCUUUCUGUGGCUGCUGCACUCACAUUGGCCGUGGCUGUUCCUCUGCUCUUCUCCCUGUGAUUUGGUUGAGUUUGCAGGAGGAGGAGGUGUUGCAGUCGGGGAUGGGCAGUGUUGUGCCUGUCCCGUCUUCAUUCCUCACUCCAAGGGUAAGCGAUGCUGCUCGAGGGACUCUGCCUUCCUUGCAGGCCACGUGAAAUUUGGAGUGGAAACCCACCAAGGACAACAGCGGCAGGUGCUCCAGUCCCAUUUGAUCCAUAUUCUCCUGAGCACAAGGAUGGCUUACAAGCGAUUCAGGGUCAGGCCAUGCUGAGGGGCCUUGGCACUCUUGGCGUGUGCCUUCUUCAGCACAGAGCCAGCCUCAAUACCCAAAUCGCAGGGCAGGUGCCCAGAUGCCAAACAUUGAAUCUGAAAGCCCGAAUACUUGAGAAGCGUCCCUGGAAGCCGUGGGUGGCUGAUGCCCGGCAGCCGGAGGCCUCGCACCAAACCUUUCUGCCACGGCCAGGCCCUUCCCGGCUGCCGCUGGCUCAGAUGUGGUGGCUCUCCCUCCACAGGGUCUUCUCAUGGCUCCAACCCCGUCAGCCGCGCCGCCAGCUAUUCCCUGCGUCCCACCUGCCAUUCUACGUGGUCUUUGCAAAUUGUAUCAUAUUGUACAUGACUUGGGGUUUCCAGAGUUGUAGUUUCUGACUACAGUAUUGCCGUGUGUGUACAUAAACCUGAAUAAGCACAACUGAAAUCCUGAAUGAAGUGUAUACAUUUCAUAACUGAUUGUCAUACAAAUGGAUUUUAUAAUUAUUCCGAUUUUGUUGUAGAUUUCCAAUCUUUCCUAUUUAUUUUGUACCAGAUUUAUUUGUAUAUUUUGUGAUUUUGUUUAAAAGCAUUUUGUUUAUUUCUAUUCUUUUUAGAUAAAUGAUGAUUUUUUUUUCUGUUGGACAUUCCAGUUUAUGCAUUUUUCCCUUCCUCCACGCUCCCUUCUCAUUUCCCAGGGACGGCUUUUGGCAUGCGGGUGGUGGGGCUGAUGUCGGUGAUCCUGGACCCAGGUCUCUGCAGCUCACAAAUUGCUAUUGGCACCUCUGCGGUCUUUCAUCUCCACUUCGGCUGUCAAGAGCCCUGGAGAGGCUGGAUCCUGUUACCCUUAGAACCAGGUCUUGCUCUUCGCUUUGGUGGGUCUGGGCCCGUAAGUCCUUGAGGCGGGGAGGGCCGUGCCGGUGGUUUUGCUGACCAGGAGCUGGGAAGCUGGUGGCAACUGCAAGCAGCUGACUUUCUGAAGUUCCCUCAAGGGUGAGGGCCUUUUUCUUCCACCAAUAAAAACCGCUUAUUUACAUCUACUCUCCACAGAUGAUGUUUGUUUGUCCAGAAGCGUAGAUGCUGUCUGUCCAUCUCUAAUGUAUGUUGCUGCUGGCAGAGGUCAGCUCCGUUGGAUGGGAGUUGCCAAUGGAGUGGGUCUGGCCGUUCCUCUGCGUUAGGGGACUUUGGCAGCAGAGUUGUGCGGAACCUGCAGUGACAGAGUGUUAUUUCUGGGCAGGAGAGUGAGUCUGUGCUUAUUUACCUGCCCAGCUCUCCAGCUCCAGGCCAAUAGAGGAAUGACCCACCUUUUAGUGGGUGUCAGAAAUAGCCCUUUUCUACAGCUGUGUCACUGUUCUGCUUCAUUCACUCUCUGCCCUCCUCACAGGUGUUGUUUGGCCCCUCUCCCUGUACAGGGCUUUCUUUCCUCGCUUAGCCCUGGAGCCACCAAACCCUGGCCAGCAACUGGGGCAGCGCCUGCUCCAGCCUUGCGGGGAU